GCCCCCGACUACCUGCACAGGUUUUACGGGAAGAACUCGUCCUACGUUCACGGCGGCCUGGACAACAACGGCAAACCAGUAGAGGCUGUUUACGGACAAUCUGAGAUCCAUAAGAGGGUGAUGGCUCUGAGUUUCCGUGAUUGUCACACUAAGAUCAGACACGUGGACGCCCACGCCACCCUGAACGAGGGCGUGGUGGUGCAGGUGAUGGGCGAGCUGUCCAACAACAUGCAGCCCAUGAGGAAGUUCAUGCAGACCUUUGUGCUGGCCCCCGAGGGGACCGUGGCAAACAAAUUCUACGUCCACAACGACGUGUUUCGUUACCAAGACGAGGUGUUCGGGGACUCUGACUCUGAGCCCCCAGAAGAGUCUGAGGAUGAGGUGGAGGAGAUCGAGGAGAGGGUCCCCUCCCCUGACGUUGCUGCGGAGGAGUCUGCUCCCUUCUACGACCCGGUAGCCUGUUCGGAGCCGACGGUUCCUGGCGACGACGAGGAGGCGGCUGCAGCGAGUCCAGAGCCGGAGCUGGAGGUGGAGAAGGAGGCCGAGGCCGCAGUCGUGGAGCUGAAGCCGGACACGAUGCUGGAGACGCAAACAGACACACACACGGCCGACGACCAGACAGAGAAAAGCCCCGCCGCUGCCCCACCCACCGCAGAACCUUCCUCUGUGCCUGCCGAGCCCGCCCCUGCUGCUCCAGAGGGAAUCAGGCCGUUCUCCUGGGCGUCAGUCACCAGUAAGAACCUCCCUCCCAGCGGGGCCGUCCCAGUCUCAGGAAUCUCCCCACACGUCGUCAAAGUCACUCCCACAGCACCGCCCCGAGUGGAGGUGAAGCCCGAGUCCCAAACAACAACACAGAGACCACAGAGAGACCAGAGGCCGAGGGAACAGAGGCCUGGAGGUCCUCCGCCAGUACACAGAGGGCCCAGACCAGUCCGGGAGGGGGAGCAGGGGGAGUCCGAGGGUCGCAGGGUGGUCAGGUACCCCGACGCCCAGCAACUCUUCGUGGGCAACGUCCCUCACGACGUGGACAAGACCGAACUGAAGGAGUUCUUUGAACAGUAUGGUACAGUCCUGGAGCUGAGGAUCAACAGUGGAGGGAAGCUACCAAACUUUGGUUUUGUGGUGUUUGACGACUCUGAACCUGUGCAGAAGAUCCUCAGCAACAAGCCCAUCAAAUUCAGAGGCGACGUCCGUCUGAACGUGGAGGAGAAGAAGACCCGGUCGGCCAGGGAGGGUGACAGGCGGGACAUGAGGCCCCGGGGUCCAGGAGGUCCCGGCGGCCCCAGAGAGCGAAUAGGAGGCGGCGGAGGCCCCCGAGGCCCACCCACCCGCGGAGGAAUGGCACAGAAACCCAGCUUCGGCUCUGGGCGAGGCGCCGGGCCCAGCGAGGGCCGCUACUCUGCCCAGCGGCAGUGAGCGGCAGCUGGCCUUCAGACCUGAGUUAGAUUACUAUUUGGAUUAAACUUCAGAGUGAUUGUUGAUUUUACUGCAGCAGGAACCAAUUGGACAAACCCAAAGUGGAACAAAAACCCUUCUUUACAUAGGAGCAGAAAUCAGUAGGGAUUAUUAGUUUGAAGUCAGAUUUUUGGUUGCUACACACACACGCCCGAUUUCUGACUCUUCCUCCUCAUUCUUCCUCCUAACUGAGAGUAUGAAGUAUUUGGAAGGGAUUUCUGUUAGUGAUUGAUGCAGGUUUGGUUGAGAGAUUUCACCAUCAAGUCACGCCAGCUCCUGCUGAAUUCAUCAGCCAGUCUCGACAUCUGUCUCUCAUGAAGACGGCUGCCUCCUCUUCCUCCCCAAGCUCCCUCCAACCCCCCACCUGAUUCUUCUUCUUUCUCACCUGCUGCUUUUUGUUUCCCUCUGAGGAACCGAGAAUGUCACUCCUCUUUUCUUUCCCUCCAUCUAUUCCUCCUUUCCUCCUCGUUGUCACCUCCUCCACCAACACAUGUAUUAUCCAGACCUUUUUUUGUCAGUUUUUUUUUUUCGUUUAGUUUUUCAUGCUGAACUUGAAUUUAUUAAGAAACAAGUCGAAACACGCAAACACAUGAAAAAAGGGUAAAAACUACUUGAAUUGGGGAUUAAAAAACCCAGAGGUUAGGUUUUUUUUUCGCGUUCUCUCUCCCUGUUUCUUAAAGGAACGUGUACUUUACUGCUUGGGCAAUCCUGUGUAUUGCUGCCACCGUUGUAUCUAGCGAUGGAUCUGUCUUAUCUUUUUAUUCUAUCAGGUCAAAAGCUGAACUGUAGUGGUUUUAUUUGAGUAAUAAUGUUGGCUUGUAAUAUGUGGAUUCACGGACGUGUCUGAAUGGAGCAUGUAUCAAAUCAUGUAUCAAAAUCUGUUAGGCUUCUUCUACCGAUGCACUUCAUUUGUCAUCAUGUUUAAAAUGAACUCACCUGCCGAUGAGAGAACUAAAUUAAAAGUGAUUUACUGUUUUAAA